AUGUGUAAACCAAGACAGUUCCUUCUUGAGAGAAAUAGCUCCUUGAACAUCUCAUCUUAUCCUUCCUCCACCUCUACUUCUGCUACCUACACAACUGGAUUUUCUAGUUAUGAUGUAUUCCUAAGCUUUAGGGGUGAAGAUACUCGCAACAACUUCAUUAGCUUCCUUAACUUAGUUCUAAAAGACAGGGGAAUCAAUGUCUUUAUUGAUAGUGAAAAAUUGUGGACUGGAGAAGCUAUUGGCCCAUCUUGUCUUAGAGCGAUUGAGAGAUCCAAAAUCUCAAUCCCUGUCUUCUCUAAAGAUUAUGCAAAUAGCAAAUGGUGUAUGCUGGAACUUGCUCAUAGACUUCAAUGCCACAAAUCCAGUGGUCAAAUCGUCCUGCCCAUAUUCAUCGAUGUUGAUCCAUCGCAUGUUCGGAAUCAAACUGGAAGUUUUGAAGAAGCAUUUCGAGAACAUGAGAAGAAUUUUGAGCCUCAUAUUGUUGAGUUGGAGGGAAGCUUUGACGGUGAUAGGGAAUUUGAAAGGAGAAGUUAUUGA